AUGCCCACCAAUGUUCACAAAAUCCUCAUGCUUCAUGACAUCUUCAAGCCAAAAACUCGGUACGUGCGAGAAGUCUUUCGCACUCUGUCUAACGAGAUGGAGUUUGAGUUCAAGUAUCUGUCCGGUGUGCUACCAGCCUACCCCGAUGACAACGAUAUCACGGACAAGAAAGUCUGGGGCUAUAGUGAACCCGAUAAUGAUAAAAUCAACGGCUUAGAGAGGUCUAUUCAGCAUAUCCUUGAUACCCUUAACCAAGACGGUCCUUUUAGUGGUAUAGUUGGAUUUUCCUCGGGUGCCGCCAUGACAGUAAUCGUUACUUCGAUGCUGGAGAAGGAAAACGCAGUUCGUGGUAUUUCAAGGGAGAGACGCCAUCCGCAAUUACUAUUCGUAGUAUGCCUGAGUGGCUUUAAGCUAGAGAAUAAGUGCUAUAGAGCUUUUUAUUCCCCAAAAAUUGUGACUCCGAUGUUACACGCCGUCGGCGAGUUGGAUUCAACGGUUUCUCCUAGGCAGACACGGAGCCUUGCACGACAGUGCUCAUUCCUAUAG